AUGCAAGCACUGUUGUGUCUUGGCCUCGGUCUCACACUGCUUGUAGCACAAUACGCUCCUGGAACUGCGGCUCCAGGUUCAGAGUGCCGAAGGUGGUGCGGCGAUGUUGAGAUACCAUACCCAUUUGGUAUCGAUCCAGGCUGCUCAUUCGGAAAAGACUUUGACAUCAGCUGUAAGGUCCAAGAUGGCAUCACGAAGCCAUUCAAGUACACCUUAGAGGUGCUUAGCAUCUCCUUGACUAACAGCACGGCCCGGGUACUGAAUAACAUCAUGGGGUACUGCUACAACAACUCCACCACGAGCAUGGAGGAAUUCGGCAAUUCCUUGGUUGUCGACGAAAUCAGUCCUGCUCCUUCGUUUCCCUACCGGCUCUCUGACAUCCACAACAAGUUCACAGUCAUCGGGUGCAAUGCCCUUGCCUUCAUGAGCGACACCGAUGACACGGGAACAGGCUACCAGGCCUAUGGCGUCGCAUCAUGCCGUGGUCUGCCAGACUUACUGGACGGAUCGUGCUUUGGUAUCGGCUGCUCCCAGACUACGAUACCUAAGAAGAUGCGCAGCUACUAUACAGAUUUCUUCAAGUCGGUCAACACAAGUAAAAUCUGGGAGUUCAACCGGUGCAGCUAUGCAGUGCUGAUGGAGACAACGGGAUUCAACUUUAGUACUUCGUACAUAAGCAACACCGUGUUCAAUGACACAUACCUUGGACGGGUACCUAUGGUCAUUGAUUGGGCUAUAAGAAAUGUGAGUUCUUGUGACGAUGCCCAAUGGAAUAACACGGGUACUUAUGCAUGCCUGAGCAACAACAGCAAGUGUGUGAAUUCCACCAACGAUCUAGGGUACACAUGCAGUUGUAUCCCUGGGUAUGACGGGAACCCUUAUCUUCUAGAUGGAUGCAUAGAUGUCAACGAAUGCAAGAAGGAUCAUCAAUGUCCUUCAGAUGGAUUUUGCCACAAUACUGAUGGAGGGCACUGGUGUUCUUGCAGACGAGGGAAAGUUUAUGUGUACGAAAGCAAAACAUGCAACACUGACACCAAAUUUAUAAUAGGAGUUACAAUAGGAUUAUCUGGCCUAAUGGUUAUUAUCAUGGCCACUAUCUUCUGGGGACAAUUGAUAUGUCAAAAGAGGAAACUGAGUAAAGUCAAGGUUGAGUAUUUUCGCCAGCAUGGAGGCAUGAUUUUGUUUGAUAAGUUGAAAUCAGAGAAAGGUCUUGCCUUCAAGGUGUUUACAGAAGAUGAGCUAAUACAUGCCACUAACAACUUUGACAAUAGCAGAAUACUUGGAAGAGGUGGGAACGGAACGGUUUAUAAAGGGAUAUUAAAGGACAAGAUGUCAGUAGCAGUUAAAAGAUGUGCAUUGGCUGAUGAAAGGCAAAAGAAAGAAUUUGGACAAGAGAUCAUUAUUUUGUCCCAAAUCAAUCACAAGAACAUAGUGAAACUCUUGGGUUGUUGCCUUGAGGUUGAAGUUCCAAUUCUGGUAUAUGAGUUUGUCCUAAACGGUACACUAUUCGAGCUUAUCCAUGGCAAGAACCACCUAAAAAUCUCCUUCAACACUCUCUUAAGAAUUGCUCAUGAAGCAGCCGAAGGACUCAGCUUCCUGCAUUCGUAUGCAUCUCCUCCAAUAAUUCAUGGUGAUGUGAACAGUUCCAACAUCUUGCUUGAUAAUAACUAUAUGGCCAAAGUGUCGGACUUUGGAACCUCCAUACUAGCCCCGUCUGACAAAGAGCAGUUUGUCACAAUAGUUCAAGGUACUUGUGGUUACCUUGAUCCUGAAUAUAUGCAAACAUGUCAGCUAACAGACAAAAGUGAUGUGUACAGUUUCGGAGUUAUCCUUUUACAGAUUCUCACAGGCCAGUUGCCACUAAAACUCGAGGGGUCUGAGACGCAAAGAAGCUUGUCAUUGGUUUUCUUGUGUGCUAUGAAGAACAAUAAUCUAGAUGAUGUGUUGGCGAGCCAUGUGAAAAGUGAAGAGAGCAUGCAAUUGCUGACAGGACUUGCAGACCUAGCAAAGGAAUGCCUAGAUAUGCAUGGUAUCAAUAGGCCCUCAAUGAAAGAGGUUGCCGAUGAGCUCAACAAAUUGAGGAAGCUUUCAGUGCAUCCUUGGUUACAACUUGACAUGGAGGCAAAUGCAGAAAGCCUUCUUGGUGGAGAGUCAACCAGCGGCCAUGAAAUUGAAUUAAGUGGGUAUACUAUAGGAGAAAAUGAGAACCAACCUAUAAACCCAAGAAGUUCUUAUUAUGCUAAGUGA